AUGGCGCCGAAAUUGUCGAAAAUGUUCCCUGAAUCCUGUCUACUUAUUUUUGUGGGAGUUCUUAUCGGAGCACUUCUGCUGAGCACACAUAGCGUACACGUCCAACCUUUAACGCCGGACACCUUCUUUCUAUACAUGCUGCCUCCUAUCAUCUUGGAUGCAGGAUAUUUCAUGCCAAAUAGAUUAUUUUUUGAUCAUCUGGGAACAAUUCUGUUGUUUGCUGUUGUUGGUACAGUUUUCAACACUCUGACAAUUGGAGCAUCUCUCUGGGCCUGUGGCCAAACUGGGAUGUUUGGUCGCACCACACCUUUACUGGACAUGCUUUUAUUUGGGGCGCUAAUAUCUGCAGUUGAUCCAGUUGCUGUUUUAGCUGUCUUUGAAGAAAUUCACGUCGACGAAGUUCUUUAUAUCGUUGUGUUCGGGGAAUCCUUAUUAAACGAUGCUGUUACAGUGGUCUUAUACCACAUGUUUGAAGCUUACACAGAAAUGGGUCCAUCCCGUUUGGUCUACACGGAUGUUUUAGCAGGACUGGCGUCAUUUCUAGUAGUGGCAGUUGGAGGAACCUGUAUUGGAGUUGUAUGGGGAUUUGCCACUGGUCUUGUAACUCGUUUCACACAUGAAGUUAGAGUAAUUGAGCCCAUCUUCAUUUUUGUCAUGGCGUACCUAGCUUAUCUUAAUGCAGAGAUGUUUCAUAUGAGCGGAAUACUUGCGAUAACUUUCUGUGGUAUUACUAUGAAGAAUUAUGUAGAAGGGAACAUAUCGCACAAAUCGCAUACGACUAUAAAAUACACCAUGAAAAUGUUAUCGUCGUCCUCUGAAACGAUCAUUUUCAUGUUCCUUGGUGUAGCUACCGUCAAUAACAACCACGAUUGGAAUACGUGGUUUGUUUUAUUGACUAUUGUUUUCUGCUCAGUUUUCCGAAUAAUAGGUGUGUACAUAUUUAGCACAGUAGCUAACAAAUUCCGAUUGCAUAAACUUAAUAGAGUUGAGAAGUUUGUGAUGUCGUAUGGAGGUUUGAGAGGUGCUGUAGCUUUUGCAUUAGUGCUGCUAAUAGAUCCAGAAAUAGUCGAACUUCAACCGAUGUUUGUAACUACAACUAUUGCGGUGAUAUACUUCACGGUAUUCAUUCAAGGGAUCACAAUAAAGCCCCUCGUGAAAAUAUUGAACGUAAAAACAGCUGAGAAACGGAAACCAACAAUGAAUGAAAGGAUUCAUGAAAGGGGCGCGGAGCCUAAGAUCUUGGAGACUUAUUCCAAGUUGGCUAUGAAGGACGCCAUCGAAUAUAUGCAGAGAAAUGCAUCGACUAUAGGAAAUAUAUCCGGAGCGGAAUCUAUGUCAGCGAUAUUCAAAAACUAUACCAAUGCCAAUUUCAAUGGAAGCCCAAGUUUCAGUCAGUUAGAUUCAUCUACAUGGAAUAUAGAUAUGCAAGAACUUGAAUAUAAUCCAUCUAAGAAGGAUCUCACAGACGCCAAAAUACACCACCUUCUUGCUGAAGAACUCUGCAAACCGUUUAGACGACAUCGGCGGCUAAGCUACAGCCGACACGCAGUGAAUGAUCGCGAUCUCGGCACGCAAGUCAACUACAAGACCCACAUGAACAUACGUCGACGCGUUGGCGACAGAAAACAUCACCACAAACGUAGCAAACGUGGAAAGCAGGAUGGCAAAAACCAUGUCACUUUCCCUGAAUUCCAGCAAAAUGGUUCGGCCAAACAGUUCACGCACGACUACAUAGACGAGGUGCUUCAAGAAGAAGGCGACGAACGCGAGGUGGUACCACGCCGGGACGGCGACGAUGGCGGUAUAACAUUCACUGCAAAAUCCCUGCGUAGGUAUUCUGCAUGA